AUGGCUGACCCAGAAAAGGAGUCACCCACGGUAGAUGAGUUGGUCAGGGGAGCUACCAAGACCUUCAACAACAGGGACAUUGAGAGAUAUACACAUGGAGAGAAGGUGGACAUCUACAAUGCCACCACAUUGACUCAAUUCAUCCUCAUCAGGCUCUCUGACCUCCCCAAGGUGCACUACUCUCUCUUUGUGGCCUUUGCCAGCAUCUUCCAAGUCACCUUGGUGGGAAAUGGGGCCAUCCUCUUGGCCAUCUGGACUGAGGCAAAGCUGCACACUCCCAUGUACUUCUUCCUGGCAAACUUGUCCCUCUUAGACAUAUUCUGCCCAUCAACAACUGUGCCCAAGAUGCUGCCCAACCUCUUGACUGAAGACCACAGCAUUUCUUUUGUUGGGUGUGCUCUGCAGCUGUAUUUCCUGGUGGCCCUAGCUGGAACUGAAGUCUUCCUGCUGGCUGUCAUGGCUUAUGACCAGUAUGUGGCCAUCUGCUUCGCUCUUUGCUACUCUGUCAUCAUAACCAAGGCUCACUGUGCUCAGCUGGUCUCUGAGACCUGGGCAGCUGGGUUCCUCGAUUCCACCAUCCACACAAUGUCCACCUUCAGCCUGUACUUCUGCAAGUCCAACCUGGUCAACCAGUACUAUUGUGAUAUCCCACCAGUGGUGGCCCUGUCUUGCUCAUCCACUUAUGUGACUGAAAUGCUUGUUUUAGUGGUAGGGGGUAUCAGUGGGUUCAUUUGCUUCCUAAUCACCUUGAUCUCCUAUGUCUACAUUAUCUCCACCAUUUUGAAGAUCCAGUCUGAGGAAGGGAAGUGCAAAACCUUCUCCACAUGUGCCUCCCACCUCCUGGUGGUCUGUCUGUUCUAUGGCACAGUCAUCUUCACCUACAUCCAGCCCUCCUCCAUCAGACACUCCCCUGCCAGGGACAGACUCAUCUCCAUGCUCUUUGGGGUCAACCCAAUGCUCAACCUGGUCAUCUACAGCCUGAGAAACAUGGAGGUGAAAAAAGGUGCUCAGCAGGGCUGUGUGUGGUGGGAUGUGCUGACAUUUACCCCUGUAAAAGCUUUAAAUCUUACUACCUUCUUCUCUACGGAGACAGGCCCUCCUGGUCAUGACUGUUUAAGUGUCAUGGAUGAACUCUUUUCUAGCCACCCUGACCUACAAAUGACACGUUUGUCCAGUGCUGACCUCGUUCUGUUCACAGAUGGGAGCAGCUUGGUGGAAAAUGGGGUUUGUCAUGCUGGAUAUGUAAUAACUGCAAAGUACGAGGUGCUCCUAGCUGGGGCUCUUCCUAUCGGCUGGUUAGCAAAACAUGCUGAGCUCUGGGUGCUCAUACAGGCACUAAGAUGGGCAAAGGCUAAGAAGGUGAACAUAUACACAGACUCUCGCUAUCCGUUUGCUACAUUGCACAUCCAUGGCAUGAUUUAUUGA